AUGAGUCCAAAGCCGCAUGAUUUCCUGGUAACGCUGCGAAGAAAUUCUCCGCAAAUACCCUGGGGCAUUCGGCUGGUCGGUGGAACGGAUCUGAAUGCGCCGCUUAUUAUCACCCGGGUUCAGGUCAACAGUCCAGCACAGAGGGAACUGCUGCGAGGCGAUAUAAUCACAAAAAUUGACCAGUACGAUGCCCGUGACCUGACCCACAGCGACGCGCAGAACCUUUUCCGCAACGCAGGCAAUGAGAUCAAAAUUACUAUCCGUCGCGAUGACCAGAUUGCCCUGCACCAGAGUGCCCACCAGCCGAACGGUGUCGGCGCUCCGGCCCCAUACAGUCCAGCACUCAGCCCCAUUCCGCCACCGGCUCAACCGCAAGCACAGCAGAAACCGCAGCCACAUCUGAAUUUCCCACCGCCGGAUCCGACUCCGCUGUUGCCAAGGGUUGCAUCGCCACUUCCGCACGGACCUCACGCCUAUGCAGUUGCGCUGGAACAUCCGAUGGAAACUUUGCCUCACACCGUCUUCCCCAAGCUGGAUGCAAGCGGAGCCUAUCAGCUACCCAAGACUCCCUAUCCACCGGCGGCUCCAAACUACGACGAAGCCAACGAAGCGAUUACCAAUCAGCCAUAUCGUACGACACCACUAGUCCUACCCGGUGCCAAAGUACCGAAAAAGGAUGUUCUACCAACAGAAUCCUACCUCAGACACCAUCCAAAUCCAGCAAUGCGCGCACCACCAGCUCAUGACAUCGCAGACACGCUGAUGAAACAGAAGGUUGCAGAAACAAUGAUUCACCGAAUCAUAGGAGAAGAGCCUCCCAGCGGUCCAAAGGUUGUUCACAAACAAUUUAACUCACCGAUCGGACUGUACUCGGAUAGCAACAUCGAAAACACUCUCAGAAAUGCCGCCCCACAGCAGAACCAGGCCGUACCAUCGAAUGGAUACACAAACCGCCAUCUGCCCACCAAAAUCGAAGGCUACAAGAAAACCGUAGUCUUCGAUCCGAGCAAGAGCGAAACCUACCGUGCACUGCAGGAGGGAGCUGGUGAGGGACUUCAGGAGGUUACCACGCCCAUCCAGCCACGAACCUUUCAGCCGAACCGUUUAGUACCAGGAAAGAAACCAAACGCGAAUCAUCCAGCUCCUCAGCCCGAGUACGCUCAGCAGGUUAACUCGAUGGGAGAAUCGUACGAGAAGAUCCACCAGAGUGGAUCUUUCAGACGUCUGAUGUACCACGUACUGUCCGAAACUGACUACUGAAGCAAUUAUUGCACUGUGUAGCGUUGUUUUAGGUUUAAGCCAAAAACAGGAAAAGGAACCAAAGUUCAUUUACAUACUUCUUUGAGACAAGAAAGCGCUUUUAUGAACCAACAGAUACAACACUUGUUUGCACACGGUUAACCCCCUGCUAGCGAUGAGCAAUAGAUUUUGUAUAGUUUAGUAGAAAUAUCUAUAUAUUUUCAAAUGUCACAGUCGAACUAUUGUUGAAAAAUUUAUUACCGUAUUUUAAUUUUGGAAAUUUGCUCGUACCGAUGAUGUAAAUAAACUACUUCCACUUGUUGAUCAUUAGUAUGCGUUGAUGACAAAUUUAUAGUUUUUCAACGAUACCAGUAACGGAUAACGAAUGAUUCAUACAGUUUCAUCAAGUAACCUA